GCCCGCUCCCGGACGGCGGGGAAGGGAGAAGGAGCUGCACCCGGAAGCGGAGCGGCACUUCCGGUCAGGGGGCGGCGGUGGUGGCGGCGCCGCUCCCCCGGCCCACCCGCGCUCCCCGUGUCCGCCCCCCCGGGCUGGCCCCGAAGCUGCCCCCGCCUCGCCGCUGCCGCCGCCCGGGGGAGGCCAGGAGGUCUGCCAAAAUGACUGAGCGAUCCGAUAUCCUCCACUUCCAAUUCGACAACUACGGCGACUCGAUGCUGCAGAAAAUGGACAAGCUGAGAGAAGAGAACAAGUUCUGUGACGUAACGGUCCGCAUCGACGACCUCGAGGUCCACGGCCACAAGAUCGUCUUUGCCGCCGGCUCACCCUUCUUGCGGGAUCAGUUUCUGCUGAAUGACUCCAGGGAAGUGAAGAUCUCUAUCCUGCAGAGUUCAGAAGUGGGGAGGCAGCUGCUCCUCUCGUGCUACAGCGGCGUCUUGGAGUUCCCUGAGAUGGAGCUGGUGAACUACCUGACUGCUGCUAGCUUCCUCCAGAUGAGUCACAUUGUAGAGCGCUGCACGCAGGCCCUGUGGAAGUUUAUCCGGCCCAAGCAGCAGCUUGAGAACAAAGAGGACGGUGGGCGGCAGACAAACACUUCAGAACCAAAGGAGCAUCAAGGGGCAGGGAGGCCGGAGAAAGAGGAGGAGGAAGAGGAAGAAGAAGAGGAGGAGGAGGAGGAGGAGGAAGAUUCUUUGCAGCCAGACUCUCCUCCUUGUAUCCAGCCCUCAGAGGACAGCCUGGACAUGGACGACGGCGACAUUCAGAUCGUGAAGGUGGAGUCCAUCGGGGAGGUGGCGGAAGUCCGGAGGAAAAAGGAGCAGAGCCCAUUUAUCUCUUCCGAGCAAAGCGGGCUCCCGGAGCCGCAGCACUCCCUCAUCAACUCCACGGUGGAGAACCGCGUGGGCGAGCUGGAGCAGAGCCAGCUCCACAACUACGCCCUCUCGUACGCCGGAGGCGACAGCCUUGUCAUGGCUCCCAAAGACAUGUUUGGCCCCGGCCCCCGGGGGGUGGACAAGGGCUUACAGUGGCACCACCAGUGCCCCAAGUGCACGCGGGUCUUCCGGCACCUGGAGAACUACGCCAACCACUUGAAGAUGCACAAGCUCUUCAUGUGCCUGCUGUGCGGCAAGACCUUCACGCAGAAGGGGAACCUCCACCGGCACAUGCGGGUCCACGCCGGCAUCAAGCCCUUCCAGUGCAAGAUCUGCGGGAAGACCUUCUCCCAGAAGUGCUCCUUGCAGGACCACCUCAAUCUGCACAGCGGCGACAAGCCCCACAAGUGCAACUACUGCGACAUGGUCUUCGCCCACAAGCCCGUCCUGAGGAAGCACCUCAAGCAGCUGCAUGGCAAGAACAGCUUCGACAACGCCAACGAGCGCAACGUCCAGGACAUCGCGGUGGAUUUCGACUCCUUCAGCUGCAGCUCCGGGACGGACUCCAAAGGGGGCCAGCAAGCCGACACCAGCCAGGUACUGGACGCGGGGAAACUGGCGCAGGCCGUGCUCAGCUUACGGAGCGAAAGCGCCUGCGUGAACUAAGCCCGGGGGUGGAGGGGGGGGCACCUCUUUCUGGGCACUGGAGCAGGAAGAACGGGAAAGAGCUGUGUGGGGCCUCUUCCUUGGGCUGUGCUGCAGGAGAAACUGCGGCAGGCCUUCAGCCCCCAUCCUAGAGUGACUGGAUGUGUUCUGUGAGCCCAAGCCUCCGGGACCCUCAUGCAGAAAGGCCACAGUGGGUGCAGAGGCCUGCCUCUUGUCUGUGCUCUGCGGAACGGCCUCCGCUAAGCCCCUUUUCAGAGAGCUGCUGGGGUGCGUGCAGCUAAGCGAAAGGGAAUCCAGACGCCCCGCCAGGGAUGAGUUUUUAAGCUAAAAAAGACUUCUGAGUUCUCGAGAAAAAGCACUGGAUAAUUGUAAGCUCUUAAUGUUUGAUCACGCCUCUGUGGGUUUGUUUUUAAUGUGUCUGUUUGGAAAGCAAGAGGUACUUGCCUUCAGUUCUUCUUACCCUGAAGUGGAAUCGGCCUCCUGUCGUGUUUGACCCCAGUGAGUGGAGCCCCUUGACCCCUUUGUACUCUUAAGGCUGCUGCUUGGGGGGGGGCAGGGGGGGCAGAAAGAGGGUGCUUGCAGCGGAGGAGUCCCCCUCUUUCCUCCCCUCCCCUGUCAUGUCCGACACUCACCAUUGUGGUUUGCUCCAGCGGACUUCCCACCCCACCCAGUCCCAGCCUGUGUGGAAACUGUGUCAUUAGACUAGAAAGGUUAGAAGUUGCAUGUCCCCGUGGACUUUCCCCGGCUCUUGUCUCUGGCCCUCUUCCCACACUGUCUCUGGGAGGGCAUCUGGCUGCCGCCUCCAGAUCUCGCUCCCACACUCGACCCUUCAGAGAGAUCUUCUCUGAGCCACUCUAGCCAUCUCUCUCAGCUCGCUCAUCACUCAAGUCUCCCAUUCUCUCCCCGAAUCCCCUGGCCCUCUUGUCACGUGGGUUGUAAGCCCUCUGGCCUGGCCCCAUCGUGGGUGGGGGUGGUGGAAUCCUGUUGCCACUACAGAAAUGAUAGUGCAGUGGCGGGGGGGGGGGUCCUUGCCCAAGCCGGGGAGGCACGUUGGCACCCUUGCAGGGCCAUGGACUCCCAGGCAGUUAGGAUGCUGGGAUGUGGCUCCUCACCCCAGGCUCACCUUCCAGAUCACUCGUGUAUGUAAUAAAAAUGGAGAGAAGAACUCCUGAGCAGUC